AUGAAGCGAAAUAGCAUUGUGGACGUCUUGCCCACCACGCGCAUUGUCGCGUCGUUAGUUGACGAGCUGAGCCGCAAAAGAGCUAUCGCAUUCCGGCUAGCGCUACGUGGGAUGAUCGGCCCGCGAAUGGUUUGGCCAAGAGAUGCGAAGCAAGAUUUCUAUGGCCUCGCAGCGGGUGGCAUUCCGCCAGGAGAACAGGGGUUAAGUGCCGCAGAGCUCUGGCCCGGGUCAGUCUUCUAUAUGGAAACAUAUAAUCCCACUCGGAACUGA